AUGAGAUUCAGCCUGGUGUCAGUCACUCUUCUCUGCUUUACCUCAUGGAUGAGCCUGACCAAUGCAAGUAAGUGCUGCGAAAAAAAUCGAUCAGUGUUUUGCAGUUUAAAAAAAGUACUGAAUCUUUAACUGUUUAUGUCUUUCUUGUUCAGCAAUUGGACCGGUGACAGUCUGCUGUGAACAAUGGUCUACCACCAGAAUCCCGGUGGAGCGAGUCAAAAAUUACACCAUUCAGUCUGGCGGAGGCUGCACAAUCAAAGCCAUCAUGUAAGUAGUUAUAAAAUUUCACAUUGUUAAUUGUAAAAAGCCAUUUAUUAACAUUAUAACCAACUAUGUAAUGUAACACCUUCAAAUACAACCACUCCCUGAUUUUAUAAAGCUUAUGCAUUUCAAGUUUGUGUUGGUAUGGGGGGUGAACCUACUCUAUACAAUUUUGCUUUAUCACCCAAGUUGUAACUGGUGGUGGAGGUUAACUGAAGCGCAUCUUAUUAAAAGGUGUUCUUUAUAUUUUUACCACUCUGAGAGGGGUGCCAUAGUGCUUUCAAAUGCUGUCUGCUGUUUUGAGCAUGUAUCAACAGCAAUUAGACUCUGACGUAUAGGAAUUGACUUGUGGCUCUGCUUUACCACAUGAGAGUAUGCUGUCAGCCAACCACAGCUUCUGAGAUGCCAUCUGAGAGCAACUGAUUAGUGAAUGUCAAACAACAUGGGGUCAAGUUUUUUUUAAAGAUUGGGUUAACCUAAAUCACAACAAAAAAAAAAAAGAAAUGAUCCCAACAUGAUUUCACUUUCUUGCGGUAGGGCAGCCAUGCAGAUAGCUCCAAAUGAUGUUUGAGAACUUAAUUGGAACAACUUUCAGAGUAUUAACAACCCAUUCAAGAUUUAAUUAUUAGCUAUGUACAUGUAUCUGAUUCUAAAUGAUGUCCAAAAUCUUUUUCAGGUUUCUGACAAAGAAGGGAAAGACACUUUGCUCGGACCCUGAUGACGGCUGGACUAAAAAAGCCAUGCGUAAAGUGGAUGAGGAGACAAAAGUUCUGCUGCAGCAGCCGGGACAAAGUGAGGGAAGCGGAUCAGCAGGUGUCAUCACACCAGCACUGGCCCCAACUUCAAAAAAGGCCUCACAGAAAAAAGGCAGGAGGAGAACCAGAGCACGGGGGAGAAAGUCCGGGGGACGAGGGAAGAACCGCAGAACACAUGUUUGA